AUGGCUCAAAUAGCAGCACUUUUACGCCGUGAAAAAUGCUACAGACCACGUCGAUGUCCACCUGGAGCGCGUUAUACAACUCCGUAUCGUUUCAACGAAGAAGAUGUUAAGUGGGUUGCAAAGCAUUUUCUGACAGAGACAGGGGAAAGAAGAGGUGGAGCACUAUCGUAUGUAGCUGAUCCAGGAUUCCAGUCUGGAAUAUCAGAAGAAAUGGGAAUUCAUCAAACUACAGUGAGUAAAACAGUGAGUAGUGUUUCUAACAAGAUAAUGAAAAAAGCUGAUUUGUGGAUCAAGUUUCCGUCAUCAACACAUGAUAUUAUUGUGACUAAAAAUGAGUGGCUACAAAAAUGUAAAUUUCCAAGUCCUGUUGGUGUAAUUGACUGUACACAUGUGCGAAUUCCAAAACCUGUGCAAUUUGGCGACGAAUAUAUCAACAGAAAGGGUUUUACUAGUACAAAUGUGCAAGUUAUAUGCAAUGUGAAGGAACAGUUCACUAGUGUUGAAGCUAGUUGGCACGGGUCAGUGCAUGUCAAUCGAAUAUGGAGAAAUUCAAGUGUCUGGAAAGUGCUGAGUGAAUGUAAUGACACUGUUCUUUUGGGUGAUGAAGGGUAUGGCCUAGAGCCCUGGCUGAUGACUCCCUUUCGUAAUCCAACUGAGGACAGUCACAAGUCAUUCAAUAACCUUUUAAAAAAAGAAAGAGUUCUGAUAGAGCGUUGCUUUGGUCAGCUGAAGAGGCGGUUUCCUGUUUUGCAGUAUAUGUGUAGAGUUGCCAUUCCAAAUGUUCCAACAAUAAAAGCUUGCCACUUUAUACUGCAUAAUGUUGCGAAACAUCUACAAGAUGAAGAUUUUGAAGACACGGCACAGGAUUUACAUAAAGAUGGUGAUAAUGAGGAGGAGAAGCCUUUAACUGAAGCGGAUAUUCUUCGGAGAGGACGUCAAAGAAGACAAGCAAUUGCAGCUCUAAUACAAAAUGCAGGCUUUUGA